AUGGCUGCAAUACCGAUGCCAAGAGCACCUCAACCAGAGAUGUGCUGGCUUACAUGGCAGCGUGCUCAGUUUGGACUGGGUGUGAGAGACUGUAAUUGCUCCAAGAGUGAUGUCUCCUCUUAUCAUCCGGAAGGUGAUGUUUGUCGUCAAUCAGAUAAUGAUAAUGAGGCCAUUGAACAAAUCGAUGAAGAUAUAGCUGUGACUCAGAGUCAGAUGAACUUUAUUUGUCCCAUUACACAGAUGGAAAUGAAGAGACCAGUUCGAAACAAAGUCUGUGGACAUACUUAUGAAGAAGACGCCAUUCUAAAAAUUAUCCAGACUCGAAAGCAGCAAAAGAAAAAAGUCCGAUGCCCUAAAAUUGGCUGUAGCCAUGCUGAUCUAAAAGGAUCAGAUCUUGUGCCAGAUGAAGUACUUAAAAGAGCGAUUGACAGUCAGAAUAAACGAAGCUGGUCAACAGUGGAGAAGUCAGCUGGAUACGAUGCUGCCACAAAGGAAAUUUGUUAUUAG